GUAACCGUUACAUCUCCUGCCCUCUUUCCCGAGCCGCAGCAGAACAGCUACUUCAGUUUUCAGCUCGCCUUCUGGAUUCCGGGUUACUGUUUUUCUCUCCAAAGACCACCCAAUCUUUCGCUCAGAAAUAAGCUUUACACCUCUGUUUCGUAUCUGGGUCUUUGUUAUUUUCUCUAAACUCUCUCUUUCUCUUUGUACAAUGGAGCCAGCCAAAAUUGACUGGAACAUAAUAGAGUCGGUGUUUGUUGAAGAUCAAGUUUAUGAGAAUAUCAAUGCACCCAAAUGGGUCGAUUUGUUGGCUCCUGAUGAAGUCCAUGUUGAUGAUGAAGCCUGGUUUUGCAGACCCGAUUGUAAGCAUCCAAAGACAGCUAAAGAUUUCUUUCAAACGCCACCAAGUUCAAAGAUUUCAAGAUCAAUUGAAAGACUUCGACUUGGAGAGAGGAAUCAACGAGAUGCUAGGUUGAAGAGAAGAGGACAAAGUGAAACAUCGUUAGACAUUGAAAAUCAGAACCCAAAUUCAGCAACACCCCGGAAUCAAUUUAAGUCUUUGAAAGCUGCUUUCAAAUCAAGCAGUGAAAAGAACAAUAAACAGAUCAAUGACACUUCACGAAAUGAAGAAGUGUUGCCAAGACUAAAAGCCACACUUUCAGCAAGGAACUUGUUUGCGGGCAGAGACAUAUUCAAUCACAUUACUGAGUUUUGCAAUGAGAUGAAGAGGCUUGCAACGAGACCGAGGGAGAGGGAGAAUGCAGAGAAGUUGAAUGAGAAGAAGGGUCAGGAGGGUGAGAAGGUCGCCGGUGAAAUUGAGGUUUCUUAUGAGGUUUUAGGUGAGUUGCAGGAGAGGGAGAAGGAGAGGAAGCCAUUGCUUGAGGUGGUGGAUAAAGAGAAAUCUGAAGGUUCUGAGAUGGGAAGUGCUAAGGACAAGCAAAGGAGGAAGAAAAGAUUUGAUGAGACAGAAAACAUCCCAGUCCCUUUGAAUUCGGAGAAUGUGAAGAACAAAGGAGAGGAGCGUUUAUUGCAAAUCAAAACUAAUCCUCCCUCUCCUCAAUGCUUCUCUGCCAUUCGUACUGCAGCAAAAACCACCCCUUCAAAGUCUUCUGCAUACAGGUCGAUGGAGAGAAGAAUCCUGCAAGAAGUGGAGCGAGACAAGAAGGCAAAAGAUGGAGCUGUAGAUAAAGGGAGAAGUGUUUCAAUUGUUGAGGGAAGAGAAGCAAGAGCUCUGGAUGUAUUUUGGUUCAUGAAGCCCUGCACACUAUCUGGCUGAAAUGUUUGGUUGAACAGUAUGCCAGUGACACAAUUCAUUCUUUAGUUUUCUACUCUGAAACAAUUCUAUUCUUUAUUCAUUGAUUCAUUUGCAUUUGUAAAAGAAACUGUAAUUAAGUAUGAAUUAAUUGUACUGAAAUCCAUUCAAACUGAAUAAAAUUUGUUUGUACUUCUUCA